CUUUCAAUGCCUCUUCCUCAAUAAGAGUAGAGUUGUGUUCACGUGUGGUUGUGUCUCCUUUUUCCACAAAAUAGGUCACACAACCCACCUCCAUUCGUGAAAUAACUCUUCUAUAAAAAAAAACCAAAAAAAAUAUAAAAAUUCCAAAAAAUACAAACAAAAAAAUCGAAAAACCGUAGCUGAAAACCGUGAAACAUAAGUAAAGUGUGGAAAAAAAUAGUAAUCAUCGCGUUACGAAGAGCAACGUGGUCGGAAGAGCGCAAGCCAUAUUGAAGGAACAGGAGAAACCAAAAACCAGAGUAUUUUGAACGUAAGCAGCCUGCACGACGUAGAAAUACUACAAAAAUGAAUCCGGGAGCUCCGAAUUAUCCGAUGGCCUCACUUUACGUGGGAGACCUGCAUGGGGAUAUCACCGAGGCGAUGCUUUUCGAGAAGUUUUCAUCGGCUGGGCCUGUACUCUCGAUACGCGUUUGUCGUGAUAUGAUCACGAGACGUUCCCUCGGUUAUGCUUAUGUCAACUUUCAGCAACCGGCUGAUGCCGAACGAGCAUUGGACACAAUGAAUUUUGAUAUGAUAAAGGGACGGCCUAUACGUAUUAUGUGGUCUCAACGUGAUCCUUCCCUUCGAAAAUCUGGCGUUGGAAAUGUAUUCAUCAAAAAUUUAGAUAAAAACAUAGACAAUAAAGCAAUGUACGACACGUUCUCUGCUUUUGGUAACAUUCUCAGUUGUAAAGUGGCUCAAGAUGAAUCAGGUGUUUCUAAAGGUUAUGGUUUUGUUCAUUUUGAAACUGAAGAGGCAGCAAAUAAAUCAAUCGAUAAAGUCAACGGCAUGUUGUUAAAUGGGAAAAAGGUGUACGUUGGUAAAUUCAUACCUCGCAAGGAACGCGAGAAGGAGCUGGGAGAAAAAGCCAAACUUUUCACCAACGUUUAUGUAAAAAACUUCGGGGAAGACAUGACCGAUGAUAAACUUAAAGAAAUGUUUGAAAAAUAUGGGACCAUCACCAGUCAUAAAGUAAUGAUUAAAGAUGAUGGAAAAUCACGAGGUUUCGGUUUUGUAGCUUUCGAAGAUCCGGACGCUGCUGAACGAGCAGUACAUGAAUUAAACGGAAAAGAGGUUGCUGAAGGAAAGUGUAUGUAUGUUGGACGGGCGCAGAAGAAAGCGGAACGACAGCAAGAAUUGAAACGGAAAUUUGAACAAUUAAAAAUAGAACGUUUGACACGUUAUCAGGGUGUAAAUCUUUACGUGAAGAACUUGGACGAUAGCAUAGACGAUGAACGAUUGCGCAAAGAAUUUGCACCGUUUGGAACAAUCACAUCCGCUAAAGUGAUGUCUGAGGAAGGACGUAGCAAGGGUUUUGGAUUCGUCUGUUUUUCAGCUCCAGAAGAAGCUACCAAAGCUGUAACUGAAAUGAAUGGGCGCAUAAUAGUUACUAAACCAUUGUAUGUUGCUCUGGCGCAACGUAAAGAAGAUCGUAAAGCGCAUCUCGCUUCACAAUACAUGCAACGCUUGGCGAGCAUGCGUAUGCAACAAAUGGGUCAAAUGGGACAAAUGUUUCAACCGGGCGGUGCUGGAAAUUACUUUGUUCCCACUAUUCCACAGCCCCAAAGAUUCUACGGACCACAAAUGGCACAAAUACGUGCAACACCACGUUGGUCCGCGCAACCGAAUCCAGUACGACCCAAUGCACAAACUGGUAGUCCCGGUUUUGCUACGAUGCAAGGUUCGUUUAGAGCUGCACCACGUGCUCCUGCUGCUCAAGCUAGUACUAUGCGUAACACCUUGUCUGCUAGACCUAUUACAGGUCAACAAACGGUGGUCGGUGCAAACAUGCAAAGUCGUUCCAUGACCGGUCCAGCAGCAGUGGGAGUUUCAGCUCCUAACCGUCCGUCAAAUUACAAAUACACUUCGAACAUGCGUAAUCCACCUCAAACAAUGGCAAUACCUGCUCCUACCCCUGUUCAGCAAGCUGUUCACAUUCAAGGUCAAGAACCUUUGACUGCCUCGAUGUUGGCAGCUGCUCCACCACAAGAGCAGAAACAAAUGUUAGGAGAGCGUCUUUUCCCAUUGAUUCAAUGUAUGUAUCCGAAUCUUACUGGAAAGAUCACUGGAAUGUUGUUGGAGAUUGAUAACUCAGAGCUCCUGCACAUGUUGGAGCAUAACGAGUCGCUAAAAGCCAAGGUUGAGGAGGCCGUAGCUGUACUGCAGGCUCAUCAAGCCAAACAGGCUGUGGCCCCUAAAAAAGAGUAAACAUCUUAAAAUAAUAGCCUAAUAUAAGAUUUUACUCUUUUUUUUAGGAGCCACAGCUCCUUCUUUAAUUAUUCGUAUCAAUGUUAAUUUUUUUCUUCCUCAUUCUGCAAUUAUUCUUAGUUUAAAAAGAGAUUACUUCUAAAGAGCUUUAUGAUGGCUUCAACGAUUAGUACAAGCAAGAAUGACAGAAAAAAUUGUUAUUCAGAAUUAAUAACUGAUCGUGAAAGGGUUUUUCAUCAAGUUUUAUGAUAAUAAAUUUUCCUUUAAAACUA